AUGGGCGGAGCCGACGCCGGCGCAGGCGCAUUCUACGAUGCAGCCCUCCACAAGCGCGAGACCCUGAUGGGCAAAUCUGGACCUUCGGCCCUGAUCAAGAACUUCAGGGUGUUCCGCAUCGCGCUGUUUGCCUGCAUUGGUGGUGUGCUGUAUGGGUACAACCAGGGGAUGUUUAGUGGCAUUCUGGCCAUGCCGGCUUUUGAACGACGUAUUUGCCUACUUUCUCCUCCCCCUGUUUUCCAACCAACUCAUGCUAACCACAGGUUGGAUGUAGACAUGGGCGAGUACGUGACCGACUCAACCAAGAAGGGGUGGCUAACUGCCAUUCUCGAGCUCGGCGCCUGGAUCGGGACGCUUCUCUCUGGUUUUAUUGCCGAGGUUUUGUCGAGAAAGUAUUCGGUUCUGGUUGCUAGUGCGGUUUUUAUGCUUGGGGUGGUGAUUCAGGCUACGGCGAUUACGGGGGUGGGACAUGAUGCCAUUCUGGCGGGGAGGUUUAUUACGGGUAUGGGUGUUGGUUCGUUGGCGAUGAUUAUCCCCAUUUACAACAGCGAGGUGGCUCCCCCCGAGGUGAGAGGUGCGCUUGUAGCGACGCAGCAGUUGGCGAUCUGCUUUGGGAUCAUGAUUUCCUUUUGGAUUGACUACGGCACCAACUUCAUCGGCGGCACCUCGGCCGAAACCCAAUCCGACGCCGCCUGGCUCACCCCCAUCUGCCUCCAGCUCGCCCCGGCAGUGAUCCUCUUCGUCGGCAUGAUCUUCAUGCCCUUCUCCCCCCGCUGGCUCGUCCACCACGGGCGUGAGGAAGAAGCCCGCCAGGUCCUCUCCUCCCUCCGAGGACUCUCGCCAGACCACGAGCUGGUCGAGCUCGAAUUCCUUGAAAUCAAGGCCCAGUCCCUCUUUGAAAAGAGAAGCGUCGCGGAACUGUUUCCCAACCUGCGCGAGCAGACAGCCUGGAAUAUCUUCAAGCUCCAGUUCGUCAGCAUCAAGAAACUGUUCCAGACCCGGGCGAUGUUCAAGAGGGUGGUAGUGGCGACGGUGACGAUGUUUUUCCAGCAGUGGAGCGGGAUCAAUGCCGUGUUGUACUACGCACCCUCGAUUUUCAAACAGCUCGGCCUGGAUGAUACUUCCACCUCGCUUCUUGCCACGGGUGUGGUUGGGAUUGUGAUGUUUAUUGCGACCAUCCCGGCGGUUUUGUGGAUCGAUCGCGUAGGGCGCAAGCCGGUGUUGACUGUUGGCGCGAUUGGCAUGGCGACAUGCCAUAUCAUCAUCGCGGUCAUUGUCGCGAAGAAUAUCGACCAGUGGGAGAGUCACAAGGCGGCUGGUUGGGCAGCCGUGUGCAUGGUCUGGCUGUUUGUUAUCCACUUUGGCUACUCGUGGGGACCAUGCGCGUGGAUCAUCGUCGCCGAGAUCUGGCCGUUGAGCACGAGGCCGUAUGGUGUCGCGUUGGGGGCGUCGAGCAACUGGAUGAAUAACUUUAUUGUUGGGCAAGUCACGCCCGAUAUGCUGGAGGGAAUUACCUACGGGACGUAUAUCCUCUUUGGUAUCCUGACGUACAUGGGAGCGGCGUUUGUGUGGUUUUUGGUGCCCGAGACGAAGAGGUUGACGCUGGAGGAGAUGGACAUCAUCUUUGGCUCUGAAGGGACCGCAGCAGCCGAUUUUGAAAGAAUGGCCGAGAUCAACAACGAAAUCGGCCUUUCUCGCAUCCUUCGAGCCGAAAGCUCCAACACGACAGGCACUCCCUACGAAACCCUGCCAGAGAAGGGCAACGCCAGUGAUCACUCCGAGCGUAUCCAGGCUGUUUGA